UAUGGCUGAAUAAACCCAAGACAAACAAUUCAAAGGAGUUAAGAAGUUUACUUAUAGAGGUCUCUAACUUGAAGAGCUUGUUAAACUUCCUAUGGAUAAAUUGGUUGAAUAAUUUAGAGCUAGAUAGAGAAGAAGAAUCUCAAAUCAAGGAGAAAAAGUACAUGCUUUUUAAAACUUGAUGAAGAAGGUAAAUAAUAAAAUAAAUAUAUUUAGAUCAGAAAGUCCAAGAAAGAAACAUUGCCAGGAGAAAAGCCAAAGCCAGUGAAGACUCAUUAAAGAAACACAAUUGUUGUACCUGAGAUGGUUGGUUCAAUUGUUGGAGUCUACAAUGGAAGAUAAUUCAGUAAUGUUGAAAUCAAAUUUGAUAUGAUUGGCAGGUAUUUGUUUGUAAUAGCAUAUAUAAUAGAUAUUUGGGUGAAUUCUCAUUAACAUAUAAGCCAACAAGACAUGGUAAGCCAGGAGUUGGUGCAACAAAAGGAUCAUAACACACAGAUUGAU